UAGCACGUCCGUACUUAGCGUGCUAAUAGACAGUUACACUGGCUCCCCAGUUCUCCUCUGGAUGUGGACAAGAGAAGCAUCGCGAGGCACGACGGAGUGAAGUUAGGGUCCAGAUGCAGGAGACCGAAUCUCUUUAAAUUCAGCACCCGGGCGAACGGUCGGGACAUUCAAGGACUGGUGUCACGUGACGAGGAGGUGCUGGUUUCUGCAUGAGCUCGGGACUAAGGUUUCGAGAUAACGGGCAAUUUGACAGCGAACGGUGCUCAUCCAUUCCACAGCAGGAUUCCAAAGCGGACGUUCGACGUAUAAUUAACGAGGAAAGAGAUUGUGUUUGACGAGAAGCGGGUACCGGGGAGGGUACACUAUGUGGUUGAAGAUGGCAGUGGAGCUCAGAGAGGCAAACGGUGGUUCUAACAGAUGUGAAGACGUUUAUACUCUUCAAACGAAUUUGAGAGAAUUGAUGCAACAGCUUCAAGACGAAACUCAGAGCAGUUUUCUUUCCAGAGACAAGUUCGCACAAUUGCAGAAGGCAAAGACAGCUUUGUCCACAGUGUCAAGAAGAGGGCAUGCCCGCGUUCGAAGGAGACAGCCCAAGGUUGGGACUAUGGUAGCGGGAGGUGUGUCGUUGGAUUUAUUGGUGGAAGCACCAAGUUUCAGAGUAGCUGAGUCUUUGAAUCCGGUGUUCACAACACCGCCACGUCCUAAAUCAGCGGACAAAGGGGACUCGUUGGGGCAUUCUGUUGCCAAUGUUUUAUACGUGGGGCAAUUUGCAAACCAGGAUCCAUCGUCACAUCUUAAUCUCCCACAAAUUAACAACCUUUCAUGCGGAGGAUAUAACAAUGCAAUGCAAUUGAUUCAGCAGUUGGAGAUUCCUCAUUCUUAUAAGAGUGGCUGGAAGGUUCCCAUUCCAGCCACACUUAGAAGAAAUUCUUUUGGGAAGAAGGCUAGACAUAAAAUAUGUGACGGAGGUAAAAACUUCGCAUUCAGAAAUGGUAGUAGGAACGUGAAGAAAAGAAUUCAAAGGAACACAUCGAAUACCAUAGUGGUACCGGCCAUUAGCGACAGACUAGCUGACAUACCUGCAGAUGACUAUGCUUGGCGCAAGUACGGUCAAAAGCCUAUCAAGGAUUCGAACUAUCCAAGAAGUUAUUACAGGUGUAGUAUCACAAAAGGAUGUCCAGCGAGAAAGCACGUGGAGAGAUGCUCGAAAGAUCCAACAAUGCUUAUGAUUACUUAUUCGGGAGACCACAAAGAUUGUUAUGGCCCCCGCUCUUGCAGUCUCUAAAUCCACUCCGUGUCAUGCGAAUCAACCUGAAUCCGAUUCUUCGUACAAGAGUAUGAGAAAGGCAUCAGUUUCUGUUCAGUGGGAAUCUGGAAUGAACUCCUGUAGCUAGUAGUCGGGAGUUUACAACUAAAUUUUUAGUCCAAAGUCUCCAAUUGGCAGACUUACGCAAUACUCAGAUUUCAGUCCAUGAUGAAUACCGCCAACAAUUUAUUCUCUAAAGUACUUAUAUUUCUCUUGAACUAGGCUACGCCUCUUCACGAUGUCUCGAAAACUAUCGAAAUACAUGCUAUCAAUGUAUAUAUCUUAAGAGGAGAUGAUUCCGAGUUAUUUUCAAUUUGUAUAAAACUCCGGUGUGUUCUCGUGUUAUUCUACAGAUCCUACAUAUAGCAUUAUUCUUUAUAUGUUAUGUCUGUAAUCCA